UCGAACCCACGACUUCCUGCAUACCAGAAUUGGUCUAAUGGAGCAAAGGCAGUCAGCACAGCUCGGUACGGCAAGGCAACAAUGCGACCAGAGUGCAUACAGCACGGAUCGCACUGGAAAUUUGACACAGCACCAGAGAACACACACAGGAGAGAAACCCUUCAAGUGCACUGUGUGUGGGAAGGCAUUUCCACUGUCAUCUGUUCUUAAAAAACACCAGAGAACACACACGGGAGAGAAACCCUUCAAGUGCAGUGUGUGUAGCAUGGCAUUUUCACAGUCAUAUCAUCUUGAAAAUCACCAGAGAACACACACAGGAGAGAAACCCUUCAGGUGCUUUCUGUGCGGGAAAACGUUUGCAAAGUCACAAACUCUUCAAAGACACCAGAGAACACACACGGGAGAGAAACCCUUCAAGUGCAGUGUGUGUGGGAAGGCAUUUUCACAGUCACAUAAUCUUGUAAUACACCAGAGAACACACACUGGAGUGAAACCUUUCAGGUGCACGAUUUGCGGGAAGGCGUUUGCACAAGCAUCCGUUGUUCAGGCCCACCAGAGAACACACACAGGAGAGAAACCCUUCAAGUGCACUGUGUGUGGGAAGGCAUUUUGUCAGUCAUCUACUCUUAAAAAUCAUCAGAGAACACACACAGGAGAGAAACUCUUCAAGUGCACUGUGUGUAGCAAGGCAUUUUCACAGUCAUCUGCUCUUAAAAAUCACCAGAGAACACACACGGGAGAGAAACCCUUCAGGUGCUUUCUUUGCGGUAAGGCGUUUACACGGUCAGAACAUCUUCAAAGACACGAGAGAACGCACACGGGAGAGAAACACUUCAAGUGCAGUGUGUGUGGGAAAGCCACGGAUCAUACUGCAAACUUGACACGGCACCAGAGAACUCACACAGGAGAGAAACCCUUCAAGUGCAGCGUGUGUGGGAAGGCGUUUGCACAGUUAUCUACUCUUGUAACACACCAGAGAACACACACGGGAGAAAAACCCUUCAAGUGCGGUGUGUGUGGGAAGGCGUUUGCACAUUCAUCUGCUCUUGUAGAACACCAGAGAACACACACGGGAGAAAACCCCUUCAAGUGCGGUGUGUGUGGGAAGGCGUUUGCACAUUCAUCUGCUCUUGUAGAACACCAGAGAACACACACGGGAGAGAAACCCUUCAAGUGCAGUGUGUGUGGGAAGGCGUUUGCACAUUCAUCUGCUCUUGUAGAACACCAGAGAACACACACGGGAGAGAAACCCUUCAAGUGCAGUGUGUGUGGGAAGGCGUUUUCAAAGUCAUGUAAUCUUGUAACACACCAGAGAACACACACGGGAGAGAGACCCUUCAAGUGCAGUGUGUGUGGGAAGGCGUUUGCACAUUCAUCUGAUCUUGUAACACACCAGAGAACACACACGGGAGAGAAACCCUUCAAGUGCAGUGUGUGUGGGAAGGCGUUUGCACAUUCAUCUGAUCUUGUAACACACCAGAGAACACACACGGGAGAGAAACCCUUCAAGUGCACUCCGUGCGGGAAGGCGUUUGCACAGUCAGCACAUCUUCAUGUACACCAGAGAAGACACAAGCAUCAGAAGAUCCACAAGGAGUGGAGUCUGAAAUCAGCUUGUGAAAGUCAAAGUGCUGCAAUGAGCCCAUCCCUCAUCAAACAAGAACCAGAAGAAAAUUCCAGCUUGGACACUUUUAAAGGUAAUGAGGUGAAAUAUGAAGAGGUGAAAUAUGAAGAGGUGAAGUUGGAAUGUGAAGAGGUGAUGGUGAAAUGUGAAGAUGAAGAUUCAACUCCAAAAUGGGACCUUCACAUCGAUGGAGGCAACGUGAAGCAGGAGGAGAAUUCUGACUGUGAGGCAGAGCGAGGCAACUCCCAGCAGUUUGUGGAAGUGGAGGUGUGGGUGGACUUCCUCCGAGACAACACAAAGUCAAAUGGAGACCCGGUAGAUGUGUAAGCUUGAGACGAUGUCGCUCCAAUAGAUGCACCCUUGUCACAGGCCUUUAAUGACAAGAAUGUGAAGUUGAACACUCAGUUCCUGGGUUCAACCUGCAGAGUAAGAGUGAGCGGCCAGUCUUUGUGUUCCCUGUGGGUUGGGUAGAUCCCUGUGUUACGAUCUAAACUUCCUGAUCUAUUAUUUUUGCUACUGACAUGACUUUACUGAAAGAACCAAAGAGUGUGUGAACAAGAGCCUGUCAGUAGGGGGCGAUGAUGUUUCAUCUCAGUUGUGUAAUUUGUCGGUAAUGUUGAGAAUUUGCUACAUUUUGACUCGAGACGCAAGCAUGCAAUGGCCUACUCGUUUUGAAUGACACAAUAGUAUGUUUUACAUCCACUGUUAAGCAGACGGUGCAUAAUUAUUUGAAAUAGCUUAACCUGGUGCAGUAUAUUUCACUGCAGUAAUUACAUUUUGUUAAAAUGGAAAAUGUCUGUCAAUAAUUUAGAAUGAACACUGAUUUUGUGUACAUGCAACAUUUUAUUUGUAAGGGUCAAACAUUGAAUAAGUGAUGUUAGGACAAAGUUUGUGUUUUUGGAAGUAACCUGUACAGAUCACUCAGGUGAGACCCGUUGUUCUUGUGAUACAGGUCUAAGGGUAGUAUCCACACAUGCCCGUUUGC